AUGGCACAUCAAGAAGAGAACCCAAAUAACCCGUUUUUUGAACCAUUCACGCUUUAUUGUGCAAUGGUGGUCCUUUUGGACCACCCAGCUCUGAGAUUAGCGGGCUAUCUAGUGUUGAAGCUCUUCGACCGACGUUUUGCGGCCCAACCCAGAAAGGAUGACAAACUUGAUCCCUGGACGCCGGAAAUCGAACGGCAGUAUCAUGAUUUUAUCCUCGAUGGUUCUGCUUCAGAAUUCAUCACCAGACUUAAUACUGACGGUAAAAUGGCCGAGGAAGAAGGACAUACAUGGAAUGACCCCCAAAAUGAAGCGUAUCUGCAUGAUCACAUGCAGGAUCUCUACGAGACAGAAGUCGAGGCAUUCCACACCGUAACAGACAUCCAAGGGAAAGACAUCCCUCAGCUAUUUGCGUGCCUCACUGUGCCUAGCUCCUCUUCAUCGCAGGAACCUUCGGUCAAUAAGUAUAUCGAUGUCUCUGGGGUUCUUUUACAGUAUAUCGACGGAUUCCUUUUAACUGAUAUUGCUGUGCACGCGCCACGAGAGGUCUGGCAGUCUGUCUGUGAUGAAGCUAUUCAGAUUGUCAAUCGUAUAGGGGAUAGGGGAAUUCUCAAUGAGGAUGUGAAAAUGAGGAACUUUAUUGUGCAGGAGAAUCCAGGAAGGAAAUUCAAGGGGUUUAUGAUUGAUUUUGCAUUAUGUAAUUUCCGCAGAAUAUUUGCAUGGAAGCUUUGUCUACAGUCGAUCUGCUCGAUAUAA